GCCUUACCUAAGAUUUGCCCCUUCUCCCCAAGUGUGCACUUGUUAACUUCACUUUUACUUAUUUUAAAUAAAUAUAUGAAAUACAGAAACUUCCUCUAGCCUAUAGUCCAUGGCUCCACCAAUCAAAUGCUUUUAAGUUUGUGGGGAGUGGUGAAGUGCACACUUCAGGAGGAAGGAGAGAUAAUUGGGACGUAGCCAAUGUCUAAGGUUACAGACUCCUCCCAAAGCAAACGCCUGAUUGACUGACAACAGCUGAACACACCUGGAUUAAACCCCACCCACAAGCACCUUUCUAGGAACUCACACCUGUCACCUGGUCUCUGAAUACAGGAAGAGACACAGACUGACUAGCGACCGAAGCUCUGAGCACCUGGAAAGGAAUAAGUGGGACAGGGCAUGGCAUCUACCAUCUCUACCAUCAGCCUCGUCUCCGAGAGGCACUUCCUGUGCCCGCUGUGUAAGGACAUCUUCAGCAGUCCCGUGACUACUCCGUGUGGCCACAGUUUCUGUCAGGACUGCCUGUGUGGGUACUGGACCCGGCACCGUUCAGACUACUGUCCCCUCUGCAAGAGGUUGUUCCAUUCCAGGCCAGACCUUAGUAUCAACCGCAUCCUGGCUGACGUCUGUGACAACUACAGGAAGACACGGCCUGAGAGCCCUGAGGAGAGCCACGACACGCCACAGGUUGUAGACAUUGACCAGAUGAUCCAGGAGCGACUGAAGAAAGUUGACAGACUCAGACACUCCCUGCAGCUCCUCAAAAACUCGUGUGUGAGGGAGGUGCGUGAGAGCCAGAAGGUGUUCUCUGCCCUUGUCAGUUCCAUGGAGAAGAGCCACAAGGCCGUGGUGGCAGCCAUUGAGGAGAGACAGGGGGAGGAGGAGAGGAUUGUUGAGAAGCUGGUGAAGGAGCUGGAACAGGAGAUUCUACAGCUGAGGAAUGGAGACAUUGACCUGGGGCCUUGUCAUUCUCAGCAGAGCAAUGAUGAGCUCUGUGGUGGUGGUGGUGGUCAGAAGAGUGUUGCAGUGAGCACCACUUCCACCACGGGCUACUCUGAGAGGAGGGACUGGUCCAAGGUUUCCAUGGAGACAGACCCCUGUAUGGGCGUGACCAGGAGAGCAGUGUCAGACCUGAUGGACGUGGUUAAAGGAGAGCUCCGUAGACUCUCUAAAGCUGAGCUGAAGAAAAUACAGAAAUACACAGUAGACAUCUCCCUGAGUCCCAAGACGGCCCACGCCUUCCUCUCGGUCUCAGACGACCGGAAACAGGUGCGACACACAGACAAACACCAGGAGGUCCCAGACAACCCCAAGAGGUUUGACCGCGUGGCCAACAUCCUGGGAAGAGAAUCCUUCAGCAGCGGCAGGUACUACUGGGAGGUGGAGGUGGGAGAGAAGAUUGAGUGGAACCUGGGCGUGGCCAGACAGUCCAUCAACAGGAAAGGGAAGUUUACAGUCAGCCCAGCCAAUGGCUUCUGGACACUGAGCCUAAAGAGCGGGGGUCAAUACGUAGCUAACACCUCCCCCACUGUCACCCCCGUGGGCCUGGAGCAGAAGCCCAGGAAGGUGGGGGUGUUUCUGGACUACGUGGAGGGCCGAGUGUCCUACUGCGCGGAGACUGGGGUUCACAUCCAUACGUUUACAGAUGGCUUCACUGAUAGACUACAUCCACUCUUUAGUCCUGGGAGGCAACAUGGGGGCAGGAAUAUCGCUCCUCUGACUAUUUGUACUACCUUCUGUAGCAUCUGAGCCCCCUGACUUAACCCCCACGCCUGGAAUAGUCAUUUAAUCAUGUCAUUAUGUAGCCUAAUGUAGAAUAAGGCUCACUCGGUCCUCUCUCACGUCUGCAUUUUCAGUUGGAUAAACCGGCUUCUUUCCUAAUAUUGAGUUAAUGCAGUGUCUGUGUUAUCAGGCAAUGAGCUGGGUAAUCAAUAGUAAUGCUAUAAUUUAUUUUAAUUAUAAUUUAUGACAGUAUAUAUGAACCCUCAAAUGUAUUUUUUUUACAAAGUGUUGACUUUUUUAAAAUUCUGUGCAUCAUUAAAAAAUCUGUAAAUUA